CUUACGUCAGAUGACGUAAGGCAACAUGGCGUCGGCGGAAUGUGUUCGCAAAAGAAGGGCUCGAGAAGAGGAGGAGGAGGAAGAAGAAGAGAAGGAGGAGGAGAAGGAAGAAGAGAAGAAGGAGGUGUCUGAAAAGCAUGAAGGGUCUGAGGAGGAAGGAGAUAAAGACCAAGAGCGUUGGGUUGGGCCCUUACCUGGGGAGGCUGUGCAGGCGAAAAAGAGAAGAGUUCUUGAGUUUGAACAUGUCUACCUUGAUAAUCUUCCCAGUGCUUCAAUGUAUGAGCGUAGUUAUAUGCACAGAGACGUCAUUACUCAUGUAGUAUGUUCUAAAACAGAUUUCAUAAUAACAGCCAGCCAUGAUGGACAUGUCAAAUUCUGGAAGAAGGUAGAAGAAGGAAUUGAAUUUGUUAAACAUUUUCGUAGCCAUUUAGGUGUUAUCGAAGGCAUUGCAACCAGCUCAGAAGGGGCGCUCUUCUGCUCUGUUGGGGAUGAUAAAGCAAUGAAAGUUUUUGAUGUGGUGAACUUCGACAUGAUCAAUAUGUUGAAACUUGGCUACCAUCCGGGUCAGUGUGAGUGGGUCUAUUGCCCGGGUGAUGCUAUCUCUUCAGUUGCAGCCUCUGAGAAGAGUACUGGAAAAAUAUUUAUAUAUGAUGGUCGAGGCAAUAAUCAGCCGCUUCACAUUUUUGAUAAACUACAUACAUCCCCUCUUACUCAGAUACGGCUGAAUUCUGUUUUUAAAAUCAUAGUAUCUUCUGACAAGUCUGGAAUGAUUGAAUAUUGGACUGGUCCUUCCCAUGAAUAUAAAUUUCCUAAAAACGUGAAUUGGGAAUAUAAAACAGAUACCGAUUUAUAUGAGUUUGCAAAAUGUAAAGCCUACCUAACCAGUAUGAGUUUCUCUUCUGAUGGCAAAAAAAUGGCUACUAUUGGCUCUGAUAGAAAAGUCCGGAUUUUCAGAUUCUUAACAGGAAAGCUUAUGCGAGUCUUCGAUGAAUCUUUGAGUAUGUUUACUGAGCUACAGCAGAUGAGACAGCAACUCCCUGAUAUGGAAUUUGGACGACGUAUGGCUGUGGAGAGGGAAUUGGAAAAGGUGGAUGCUGUAAGGUUAAUUAACAUCAUUUUUGAUGAAACUGGACAUUUUGUGCUCUAUGGGACAAUGUUGGGAAUUAAAGUCAUCAACGUGGAAACAAAUCGAUGUGUGAGAAUCCUAGGUAAACAGGAGAAUAUCAGAGUUAUGCAACUGGCUCUGUUCCAGGGAGUGGCAAAGAAACAUCGUGCUGCUGUUACCGUUGAGAUGAAAGCAUCUGACAAUCCAGUUCUCCAGAACAUCCAAGCAGAUCCAACAAUAAUCUGUACUGCCUUUAAAAAGAACAGAUUUUAUGUGUUUACUAAACGUGAACCAGAAGAUACCAAGAGUGCAGAUUCUGAUAGAGAUGUCUUCAAUGAGAAACCAUCUAAAGAAGAAGUCAUGGCAGCCACUCAAGCUGAAGGGCCCAAAAGAGUUUCUGAUAGUGCCAUUAUUCACACAAGCAUGGGAGAUAUCCAUGUCAAACUGUUUCCUGUUGAGUGCCCCAAAACAGUAGAAAACUUCUGUGUACACAGCAGGAACGGUUACUAUAAUGGACAUACCUUUCACCGGAUCAUAAAGGGUUUUAUGAUUCAGACUGGUGAUCCUACUGGCACUGGCAUGGGAGGUGAAAGCAUCUGGGGAGGAGAAUUUGAAGAUGAGUUCCACGCAACUUUACGACAUGAUAGGCCAUAUACACUUAGUAUGGCCAAUGCAGGACCAAACACCAAUGGCUCACAAUUCUUUGUAACAGUAGUACCAACGCCAUGGCUGGAUAAUAAGCACAGCGUAUUUGGAAGAGUCACUAAAGGAAUGGAAGUUGUUCAGAGAAUUUCAAAUGUGAAAGUUAAUCCAAAAACAGAUAAACCCUAUGAAGAUGUAAGCAUUAUUAACAUCACUGUGAAAUAAUAGUAAUAUUAAUUUUAAAAAACACCUCAGGGACUUGAGUUAUAUGUAAAUCUUAUGUAUUUCUGGCAUAAAAAGUUCAGAACAGAUUUCAGUCAUGUCUUCAAAAUGCUCUGAAAAAUAUUUUUAAUGUUUUUAAUAAAGGUAAAAAAACCCACCAUAUUAAAACAAUCAUUUUGUUUCUCAUAUAUACAUACAUACAUACAUACAUACAUAUACAUACAUACAUACAUAUAUAUAUAUAUACACACACACACACACACACACACACACACACAUAUGUAUGUAUGUAUGUAUGUAUGUCUUAUGUGGAUAUUAAUUGGUUUCUAGGCUUUUUUGAAUAACUUGGCAUGGGAAGCACGUGCUAUUCCAUUUUCAUAUUGUUAUGUUACUAUUACUGGUAUGGUUUUGUUUACCAACAACUCACCUUGUGAAAUGGUCUUUUUGCAGAUGACUUCACAAAAAAAUUAAAUUAAAAUUAGAUAUUUCAGAUCUGAUUAAAAAUAUUUUAGUAGUAUUUGGUGUGACAAGCAGGAUUGUUAGUAAAUGCAGAUUCAUCCAGUUGCCCAAACUAGUUUUAUGUGGAAAUCUGAGAUCAGUAUUUAAAAAAACAUCUUAAAAAACAUCAGUAUCUAAAAAAAGUCUUAGCAAUAACACUGUGAACUUAUUAAAUUGGGUAGAGGAUUAUUUGCAUUUUAAAUGUAACUCUACUCAACAUUCUAUCUUAUCAGAUAUCUCCUUUCUAUAAUCCAUUAUUUCAUUUUGUGGGAUGAAAAAAUAGGGCAAACUGAAAAGCUAGCACAUUUUUAUAUUUGAAUUAGCCCAGUACAAUAAAUAUAAGGGACUUAUAUAAGGGACUUAAUAUAAGACCCUUGUUAUAAGAAGACAUUAGCUGGGAAUGUUAGAUUUCUUGAGAGUGGUUUCUUUAAGUCUGUAUUUUCAAAGCAUGUACAAAAGAUGAGACCAAAAAGUGGCUCAGCAUAAGUGAAGCAUAAUUUUCUGAAGCAAAUAUUAGAUAUAAAACAGGACCUAUUCAUAUGCCACAGUAAACCUAACCAGAUUACAGUAUUAUAGAUCAGAAUGGGAAGUGAAUGGAAAGCAUAUUGAAUUCUUGUUUAUAUAUAAAUUAUAAUGUGGUUCCUAUGGUUUUUGAUUUAGCGAGAGUAUUAGGUAGUGUUCCUUUAAGGAUAAAUCUGACAAAGCUCUAACUACUGGCCACCAGCUAAGAAGAGAACAUGACUGAAUCAUGCUAUUGCCAAUUUUGAGUUCAGUUCUGUUAAAUUUAUUCUAAACAAAUUUAUUCUAAAUUUAUUCUAAAGUUUUAUACAGAAUAUCCUGUAAAAUCUAUUCAGAGGCUCUCCAAACAUUGCCAAAAUUCCAAGUGAAAUUACAUUAAAUAUUGAUUAUAGGUUCAGUACAGGAAAACUUGGCACAUGGGACUAAAGAUAUGUCUGUAUAUCAAUUUAAGAAAAAUAAAUUUUGCAAUGUAAAAAUUCUAUAAUUUAAAAAGUAUCAUGACAAUUAUAGCAAUUCUUUUAUGUUGUACUAUUAUUCUAUAUUAAUUUCUUCUAGCAACUUCUUACUCUUAUUUUUCUUCAUUAUGUUGAUGCUGACUUUUGUUGCUUUCUAUUUUUAUAAUAAAGAAUAUGGUUUAAUUGUG